AAAUGACUUUACUUUCAUUGGUUAGAUGCACAACAAAGUGGUUCUAGGUAGCUAGAUAACAUAGUUAAGGUCACACUUGUCUCGGGGAAGAUCCAACAAAAAUGACUUUAAUUUCAUUGGUUAGAUGUGAAAAAGUCCGGCUUAACCUCCAAUUGGAUUUCAUUCUAAGCCUUUUGUUUUCCAUAGAGAGAGGUGAGUUUUGGACCUUUUUUCCUCCCAUAAUAUACAGCUUCUAGAAACAAAAUUGCAUGCUUUGUGAAGUCUCACUCUAUUCUAUGGCUGAGUUUUUAAACUAGGAAGUACUAAAAAAACAUAUUGAUUUAUUUGAUUAUUACUUCUCAUGUCCUGGUUGCAACCAAAAAACAGUCUGCAACCCCAAAACCCAAUAGCAGCUACCAAAAAACAAGAAAAUAAAACAGAGCUGCCACCAUCAUAGGUCAAUUGGAGAUCAGGUUGCAGCCCCAAAAUCCAGAAUAGAACACACUUAGAGCUCCACAUUUCCACCUAAACACCUUCUGAUCUAGCUAAGGAGGAGAAGAUAAAGGGAAGAAACAAAGAGGUGGUGACUAGGGAGUACAUCAUCAACCUCCACAAGCACUUGCACAGCUGAGAUGUUGAAUUUGAAAAGUGCAAAUGAAUAUAAAUACUUGAGGCAAAGCAAUUGCUAUUCAAUUUCUGGGGUUGAUGAUGCUAGACAGUUUCGCAUUGUAAUGGUAUUUUAUUCUUGUCCUUGUUCUUAUUAUUAUGAGCACAGUUAUAACCAUCAAUGAACUGUUGAAUUUGAAUGAACAAUCCUAUUUAUUGCAGUUUGGACAUACGAAUCCAUACUAGCCCUCCUUGAGCCUGUUGCUCUUGAGUAUGACCCCAUGCACCUCAGUUCAAGGGUUCAAAUGCUAGUGAUGGAUUGCUAAAAUCAAACAUGGCAAUCCUUGUUGUAGUGAAGAGGUUUUGAAACCCCUUUAAAAAAAUUACAUUGUUGAUGGUACUUCAUGAAUGCCAUCAAUUGUUCUUAUAAUCAAAUCAAAAAUUUAGAAAACAAGCUCAUAGGAUUUUGGAAGAGGGAGAAGAACUAUUAAUAGAUUAGAUUGAUUGUUGAUAUUUGCUGAUAUCUACUUGUUUCUCUCACUUCAAUCCAUUGUCUUGAUGAUAGCAUGGGUGGAUUAAUAAAUUCUUCCCAUACUUUCCUUUGUCUUUAAGCAAUAAGUUUUAUACAUAGGUGGAUUAAUAAAUUCUUCCCAUACUUUCCUUUGUCUUUAAGCAAUAAGUUUUAUACAUAGGUGGAUUAAUAAAUUCUUCCCAUUUUGAACCAACAUAAAUUUGGUGAAUUUUAUAUGAUAAAUCAAUAAAUGGUGGGUUAAAGAUUAGUUUUCUAGGAGAAUGACUUUAAGCCAAACCUUGAUUGUACUAUUGUGGGUUAAAGAUCUGGGCAUUGAUAUUGUUUGAAUUUUAUGCAUAUUUUCUAAACAUGAUAAAUGAAAGCUCAAUUUUCCAUCUUUCCGCUAUCUAUGCUCCCUUGAAUCUCAAGAAUCUCUGGACAACGUGCUAGUUGAACUCUACAAGGUACGCACAUUUCUUCAAAUCUGACCUUCUCUAUCACCAUAGAUAUAGAUGUUGAUCUGAUGUGAAUUUUGUUGGUAACAAUUAGGAGAAUUUGGAAAUGCAACUUUUGUGUAUGGAUGACUGGUGUGAUUUUCAUAGCAUUUGGAAAGAAUGCCUUUUUGGUUUUCGUGGCAUUUGAAAUAAGUUGUGUUUGGAUUUAAUGGAUAGGAAAUUAAAUGAUUUGGCACUAUUUAUUCAAGGAACUAGUUCAAAUUUAGAUUUCAUAGUUUACAAAUGGAUUUCAAGCCUUUUUUUGAGAACUUUGUCGUGAUGAAUUUAAAAUAACGUUUUAGUAGCUUCUUGAAUCUUCAUGGUAAGGGGUUUUAGUUCUACAAUGAUCCUAAUAAAAGAACCUUUUUUUUCCCCUCUGUUUUCUCUUUCCCAUUUAGCCUAAUAGUUAUAGUUUGACAUCUUGAAUGCUCACUUUAAUUACUUGGUGACCAAGACAAAUCUUUGAGUAUACAUCAUCAUUUUAUUGCAGAGAUCUGGUAGAAUUGAAGAACAGAUUGAAAUGCCUCAACAUUAAAGUGAAGACUAUUUUUAGAAGAACGGGUUAUUGGGGAACUUGGCCUGGGCAUAGUUACAGCAAAAUAAUGUUUUGGAUUUCAAUGACUUCAAUCCUUCCACUCUUGAUAAUGUUCAUGAGUUCCUUGGACAAAAAGUUUCUUUGCAGCUCAUUAGUUUAGUCAAUGCGGACCCUGCUGCAACUACAUGUUUAAGCUUUUGCUCAUUGGAGAUUCGGGUGUUGGCAAAUCAUGUCUCCUUUUGAGGUUUGCUACAAAUGUGGCCUCCAGACAGAUGCCAAGUUCAUUAACCAUUUUUAUUAUUUCUGUAAUCAGAAUGAUUCAUAUCUGGAAAGUUACAUUAGCACUAUUGGAGUUGACUUCAAAAUCCGCACAGUUAAGCAGGAUGGGAAAACCAUUAAACUCCAGUGGGAUACUGCUGAACAAGAACAUUUUAGGACAAUCAGUAGCAGUUACUAUUGCGGUGCACAUGGCAUUAUUGUUGUUUACGAUGUGACCGAUCAAGAGAGUUUUAACAAUGUCAAGCAAUGGUUAAGUGAAAUUGACCGGUAUGCAAGUGAGAAUGUAAACAAGCUUCUCAUUGGAAACAAGUGUGACCUUACUGCACCGAAGGUGGUGUCUUAUGAGACUAGAAAUGCAUUUGUAGAUGAAAUUGGGAUUCCUUUCUUAAUCAAACAAUGGACGUCAUUUCUUGAUUUGAACAUUUUUUAUGGAGGUCUUUAUAAAAUGGCGUCACGAGUAAUACAUUUGAGUACUAUUGUCAUGUGACAAGUUUAUUUGUACCUUUUAGAUUAUAGUGUGGGCUAUUAGUUUGCUAGAAAUAUUGGAUCUAUUUUUUAUUACAAGCAUAUGUAAUGAACCCUUUAAUUAAGGUGUUUUGAAUAUUUUGAGAUUAUGAUAAU